AUGCGAACUACGCCGUUCAAGAUAUACUGUGAUCACAAGAGCCUCAUCCAGGUCUUUGCCCUGUGCGAAGAAUUGAAGGCGCACUCACAUAGCAAACUCAUGCCAUCAGUUGCCACUACUGGUGGCUACCGCUAUCACAACCUCUGUGCGGACAUGAUGAGCGGUUGGGGCCAGCCGACACCAAGUCUGGCGACCAAUCGGGUCAAAAUACGUCGGGGUCAUGGCUGGUCAAAGAAAAUUAAAACGCGCAAAGUCCCCCUACCGGCACAACCCAAACUGCGCCGGCUGGACAAGGGCUUCGUGUGGCCAUGUGUGGCGGACAUUCGCCAAGCACAGGACCAAAAUGCCAAGGACAAACCCAAGUGA